AUGCUUGAGAAAUUCCCUACGGUUGAUCUGGAGAGCCGUCUGGCUGGAGAUGUGAAAAAGUUUGUCACCGCAUCGAUCACAGAGGGCCAUUUGAAAAAACAGGAUAAGAAGACAAACGAAACGAUUGAGAACAAGCUCUUGAGUUCUAAAGAACGGCGCUUUCGUUGGGCUGAAUCGCAGAUUUUCGAGCUUGAGACAUGCCACAACGAAGAGCAGAUCUAUGAGGCUCUUGGAUCCAUUCCACAAAUGCUUGAGGAAACAUAUCUAAAAGUGCUCAAUGGCAUUCAGGCAAGGGACAUACUCUUGGCACGCGAAAUCCUGAUGACCAUUUGCCUUGCCCCUGAACUUCUCGAUUUGAACACAGUCGCUGCUAUUGUCGGAUUGGACUUCUCCGAGUCUGUCGUUGAAAUCUGCACCACUUCUCUCGUUAGUACAUUUGAUGAUAAGGUACAAGUAGCCCACUUCUCCGUACAGGAGUUCCUGAUCAUACCACAGGAAGGUGGUCAGCAUCACAGUUGUCAAUUUUCUAUCCUCAGCGGGAAUGAAUUCCUUGCAACAAGGACGGUUGAAACUCUUCUGGGACAGACUGAACCACUGACGAGAGCGGAUGCGAGAAAAUUGCCUGCCUUCUUGUACGCCGCCUCUCGGUGGGAAAGCUACGUCACUGCCUUGGGAGAUAUUAGUCGAUCGAAUCCAAGCCUACAAGCUAAGGUUGAUCGUCUUUUCACUGAACGUAAUGUCUAUCACAACUGGAUACGUGCGGCUGGUAAUGGAAGCUCAAGCGAUGACAUUCAAUGGAGAAGGAUGUUUGAAGAGUGCCCGCCCCCGAUCAGAGCCGCCGCUUGCUUGGGCUUGGCCCACACAGUAGAAACAUUGUGUGUCCCAGGCCUGGAUUCUACAGUGGGUCUUCAAGAAUCAGCUGUCACUGACGCGGUGACCACGGCGUGUAUCGGCGGACACCUGGACAUUGUGCAAAUAUUUCUGCGCAAGUACCCACUGAAAAAAGAUUCAUCUUACGCAAGAUCGAUGGUCACUACAAUAUUGAGGUGCAUCAGCUGUCCUCAAACUGAGGAAGCCAACUCAAAGUUAGCAACCAUUCUGCGAACAUUGUGGGACCAGGGAGUACUUCAAGAUAAUUCACCCCAUCUUCAUGACACCAUCGACGUGGGAAAUCUUGAAGUCGCAACACUGAACUAUUUCAACGCGCAGAUUAUGAGGCUAUUCUUGGACUGGCAGCCGGAAAUUUCUGUGCCAAUCACGCAACGCGUUAUGACGUUGGCUCUUCAAAAACCAUGGCGAUCAGACGACCUGGAAAAGCUGUAUCUCGCAAGAGCUAUACCAGUGAUCCCCUGCAUACUUGAAAACAUUGAUCGUGUAGGGACUGAGCUCGUGGGACUCCUUUUGCAGUCUCACGAAGAAUUUCGCGUGACACAAAAGGUAAUGGAGCGAGCAGCCAUGUCUAAGCAAGACGGAAACAUGGUGCAAUUUCUCUGGCCUUACAGGGAGCCCGGUGUCGAUGUGAGUAAAUCAAUGUUCGAGUGGCCAAUGUGGAGCGAAUCUAUUUCGCAGACUAUGGGGUUUUUGCUGAAGCAACCUGGAUCAUCUGCUAUCCUGAAUGAAGAGCUCAUUAAUUCACAUUUCCGAAGGCCAUGUGCUGGCUUGGAAUUGCUGGAAUUGAUUUCGGAACAUCUAGAACCAGGCUCUUUUGCGCUGGAUGGAUACGCUUUGGAUCAGCUUGUGGCGGGAUCUAGCGAUGGAUUUGCAGUUCUCAAGGUGUUUCUGAGCACCCAGCCUGGCUUUGCAUUGUCCGAUGACCUUCUUCGCACUAUCUGCAGGCAUGCGGACGCUUUGAAUAUGUUGGAGUUUCUGGUUGAUGAGGGAUGUUUUCACAUCACUGUCACAGAGGAAUUAGUCCGUUCCGCAUCUGCGAACGAGAAUCAAGGACCUUCUGUGAUAAAAUAUCUGGAGCAACAUCACCAGGUUCCACUUCCGUUUACCGAGGACGCUCUCGUCGCAGCCUCAAACAAUUUGGUGAACAGAGGUGAAGUGCUAAGUAUCCUUUUGAAAGAUACUUCCCGUACUUCCUUUCCCGAUGAAGUCUUUGAGGCGGCAUGUCGAAAUCACGGGGCCUUGGCGAUCCUUUUGAACCACCAGCGGGAGGAUUUACCGAUAGAGAAGAUGAUUGGGCGAAUUGCUGCCCAGGAACGUUGGCCAACCGAUGUGCUUCGAAUCCUGCUUGAACGACAUAUUGUGGAGGUUGAUGAAACCCUGCUUGAAACCCUGGCAGUUAAUUUCCAUGCUCUGCAUGUCGCGCUAUCGUGGAAGGCAGACACUCUAAUCACAGAAAAUAUCCUCUCAAUGGCUACAGGGAGCCCUGAAUCAAUGCGCAUGGCGAUGGAUCCCCAGAGGAACCCCCGCCUGUGA